UCCGCUGACGGGCUUAGUUUAUACUUUCUACUGAAUUGGUUUUUGGGUGACCUGACUAAUCUUGUUGGUUGUAUACUGACAAAGCAAUUGCCAUUCCAGAUGUAUCUUGCAAUGUAUUUUUGCACAGUAGACUUGGUACUUUUUUCCCAAUACUUUUAUUAUACUUGGCUCUUUUCGGCACGUUUGCCUGAUGAUGUACCAUUAGGACCAGAAGAGAGUCCAACAAGAUUUUCUAUGAUUUCACUGAGAGACUCGAUAUUAGAAGGUGCAAAAAAAAGUUACACGUUCCCAGAAUUAAAGAAAGGAUCGCAUAAACGAAU